GUCAUCGAAGACAGGUCAUCGGUUAGACGUGCUCCGAAACAUUCUGUUAAUUUCGUGUAAUCAGAAAACAGCUGAUCAAAGUUAUACGAGUGUAAAUAAUAAUGGAUAUUUUGAGAAUGGUGAAUAUCAUGCAAUAUUUGGAUCAAUGAGUGACAAAUCCUUGUCUUCGCAUAUAUUUCUUUCAUCCACCUACCAAUGCGUCUUUAAAGAAUUCUAACCAGAUACAAAUCAAUGUUUGCGCCGCAAAGAACAUUGUAAGGAGGAGCCGGAUUAAAUGUCCACUUUAAUCAUUUAAACAGGGCAUAGAACUUCCACAAAAUAUAAAAUGUUAACGUUAGAGAACAUGGAGUCCAAAGACUUUUCAAAAAGCACGAUGGAAGAUGAAGAAACAUCCAAAGAAAGAAACAGCAAAGAUAGUUACGAAAAGGACAAAUAUCCAGUAACAAAUAAACAUAUGCUACAAACAGAUUUGCUUUCCACAGAAGUGGAUGAUAACACUGAUAUUGAAUCUCAACAGGACAACCCAUCCGAGCUUUUAUCUAUUGAAAAUAACUCCAAAACUAGUAGCGAAGCCACCAUCAGCGAUUGGGAGGAUAUAGAACCUAAAUCACCUCUUUCAUAUGUUCCUUCCACACCUAAUAAAGAAUUUAUAAUAAUAACACACUUGGAAUCAGACGAGGAAUUUAUAACGGAUGAAGUACCUGCUGCACAUUCCUUUUCUAAUAAAAAGGCUAAAUCUCGGCAUCGAUCUAAACGACGUAACAAAGUACUAUUCUUAAGGAAAUUGCUACCGAAACAUGAGCCAAUAAUUGAAAUAAAAGAGGAAGAACAUUCGAUUAUUUCUACCAACGAACAUACGUCAACCAUCGAAGAAAUAAAUUAUGAGGAGUCGUCUAUAAACGAGGAAGAUAUUGCCGAUUUUGAAGAUGUUCGCUGGUUACCAAUUUUUAGAACUUUGCCCUUGUUUUAUACAGAAGAGGGUAAACCUUAUUUAAAAUGUUCUGCAUGCGGCGCAGUAUUUUUUACUUCAAACUCAUUCCAAACACAUUUGCACACUCAUAUGUACCAGGAUGAGGAUUCGUUUGUGUGUUCCUUUUGUAAUUACACAAAUACUGAGCCCGGAAUGUUAUUCAAUCAUUUAUCCAAACAUCAAAAUCAAUGUGAAUUUUGUAAUCAAAAUUUAUUGCUCAAACAUAAUUUUGAGAAACAUUGGAAAGCACAGGGAUCAAAUUUUAGUGUCAAGAGAGAUCAUCAAGGUAGAUUUAUAUGUUCUCUCUGCAAAUUAGUAUUCGACUCGUUACCGCAGUUAGAGAAGCAUUGGUUGAAACAUGCUUGUAACAGAGAAAGAACUUAUCAAUGUAAGGAAUGUAGUGGACUAUAUGAUAGCAUAGAAACACUGAAUAAUCACAAAUGCAUGAUGUGUCCUGUUUGUGGCAAAUUUUAUGAUAGCUUACAUCGAUUAAAAACACAUACAGUAUGGGCAAAGCAUACUUUAAAAUGUCCAAUUUGUUCUUACGAUUUCAUUCUUGCCAUAGAUCACGAGAAACACGUAGCAUUACAUAGACAAACGUAUAUUUCUGUAGAAGAUCAUCUGCACUGUUUGCAGGCGGCAGAUGGAAAGACAUUCCAAUGUAAUCUUUGUGACAAAAUAUUUUAUGCCUUACCUUCUCUCGUACUGCAUCUCGAAACAGAUCAUGACAUCAAAAAUGUUAAAACAAAUGAUGAAGAAGAAGAGGUUGGAUCUAUCAACGAAAUAGGACUUGAAGUCUGAAAAUAAUGUUGGCGGAAACAGUAACAUAAAUCUAUAAAAAGAUAAAAUCGAAUUCCAAAAUACGCUGUGAAUUUAAGAUAAUAUUCCAAAGGGUAAUUCCAGCUAGAGUAGGAAACCUAAAUAUGAAAUGUAAAAGAUCUGAAAUUAAUCGUAAAAUACUACUCGUAAUGAAAUGUGCCGUUGCUAACGAUCAGUCACUUUGUAGCGUAUACUAAGUACGAUUAAACGCGAUUGGCGAUAAACAACAUAAAUUAUUGGUAAGAACAUGUAUUAAACAUUAUCUGAUCAAAAAGUUCUGAAAUAAACUGUAUUACAGUUUGACCUCACUCAACAGAAGGAUGAACAUGUACAUGUAUAUUUUUUUAGCAAUCAUAUAAGAUACAGAAUAUCGUUCAUUCAUCCAGUUACUAAUACUGUCAUGAAAUCGAUAAUAUCAUUAUAAGAAUAUACCUAAGAAUUUCAUACAAUUUCUCUACAUAUAGAACUUUUUGGAUCAGAUAGCAAGAUAAUUUUCUAGCGAUUCGUCAAAAGUAAUGUAACCACAUCAUACAUUUUCUGUGUUUUAUAUUAGAGGAAAAUGUAAUGUUAAGUUAACGUAACAUUUGUAUUUAACUGUAUCAUGUCUGCCCCAAUGUAUUGAAAAAGCAAUACAUAGAGCUAUCAGUCCUGCUGUAGCACCAUCUAAUUUAUUAUUCUAUGUCAUUACUCUUUAUUAUAUGCGAUUGAAAUGAUUUGCGUUUUUAUGUAGAUACAUCGUUAUAAUAUAGUCAUCAUAUUCAUGUAAGCGUAUUUUUUUUUUAAAUCAUCGCUUACAAUUUUGGGGGUAAACAUGAUACGACGCAACUUUAACGGCUGGGAAAUAUCUGGAACUAGCUGCUUAUCUUACUUUUAUGUGUACUAUUAGAAUUCGAGAUAUACAUAUAUAUAUAUAUAAAUAUAUAUAUAUAUAUAUUGAUAAAUCUUACGGCGUAUAAUUGUUUGUAAGUCUGAUUUCGUAGGCCUGUGUAAUACCGCACAAUAGCUUACAUAAAGAAUUAGAUCUCUUAUCUAUUCUCUUUGAAAAAUAAAUAUU